ACAUACAUUUGUGGUCAUGAGGGUAUGAAAUAGGUCUUCUCUUCUGCUGAAAUCUACUUUACUUCUGACAUUAUUACCACUGAAUGGAGAUUUCAUCAAUGGCACAAUUGUUUUAAUUGUUUUACAUCAAAAGAUACAUUAAUUGAUGUGCUAGACCUUAGCCGACAAAUUUGCUUGAGUUCCAUCGCUAAGUGAAAAAGCACCUAAAAACCUCGAAAAUUCCAGUUUGUGUACAUAUGUAAACUUACGAAAUCAUGCAUAUGUUAGAUAAACUAUUCAAGAAUGUUGUGCCACAGUUCCCUUACCUUAGCCGACAACAAUUGGUAUUUUCCAUCGCUAAGCGAUUGUCCACUAUAAAACAUUUUUGCUCUUAUAACCACCACAUACCUACCACCUUUGAUUUGUAUGGAAGCGAUUUUGGGUAGAGUAUUCUUUUAUCUACACAAUGGUAUCAGCAACAUUUCUUAGAAAUGUUCCCAUCAAAAGAUAUUCACAUUAAUUAUGUACCAAUAGCUACCAGCAAAUUUGCGGUUUUUUUUACUCUCUAGGCUGCAAGCACUUUAGCAUUUCAUUAAUUUUGGUGAAUAUGUUCAUGCAAACUGGAGGUCUUGAAGUUUUAAGAUGUACCCUUGUGAAAGUUAAAAUGCAGGAGGAAAAGAAUACUGGAGAUGAUGAACAUAUAUGGGAGAUUUUAAAAACAAGGAGCUGAUCUGCAUAUGAGAUUCGAGGACCUAACAAUUCCUUAUGGGUGCUGCAUGUACUGAGGUUUGAGAACAGAGUUUUCAUUAUUGAUAGACAAAAUAUUGUGCAACAAAGGUAUUCAUAAUGUGUUCAAUAAGUGUCCAUAAAUUAUAUAUACCUGCAUGUACACAUUAAUAUGUAUAAUAUGUGCUCAUACUGUAAAUAGUAGUUAGCCAUGCAGCUUCAGGGAUGUAAGCUUUGUUCAUAUACGUUAGAUGGUGAUGGAGUAAUUGACAAGUUCAGUGGCCCACGUGUACAGCUGUGUUGUGAUGAUGUAAUUAUUGCAAUCUCAAAUUAUUAUAGAGAAGUAUAAUUAUAUAUGUACGUUGAGCUUCUUAUUAUUAUUCAUUUCACUGGUCCAGGAAUUUUUUGGAUCAAUAAUUAACCACAAAUGCAAGACGUGGCGCCCACAAUCGUAUAUAAUAACCUCACGUUCUAAUGCUGUCCAUGCAUUUCAUAUAUAUAUAGGGAGAGCAUCAUACUUCACUUGUAUACACACGCAUGAUGCACAUUACCCAUGCACGUAUGCACCCACACACUUAUACAUUGUGACACGCAUGCACACACACACUAUACAGGUUUGGUAAUUGGUGGUAGUUGGAGAAUAUGCUUAUACUUGAAAGGUUCCAUCCCAGAGUUACUAUAAGUCUUCACUGAUUCUACCAGGAUGAAAGUUUGGAUACAGCUGAUUGCUCUCAGCAGUAUUUUGUCAAUAGGUGCUGAGGGUAUCAGUAACUGUCUUGCUCACCGCGUUGACCUUGUGCCGUGCAACUUCAGAAACACAAAUACCCCUAUUCCCGGCAUCGAUCAAUACGGCAUCUACACCACGCGCAUUGAGAAUGGUCCAGGCCCGACUCCGGGUCCUCCAGUAUGCGUAUGUGAUAUUCAUAGGAGAAACCACCAGAUUAAAGACGUGGAUAUAAUAGGAGGUGAUUCAAGAGUUAAAUUGAUCUACUCUCCAGGGAUAGAACUGGAGCCUCAAGAACCUUACGGGAAUCAACUUUACGUGCGGUACAACAUUGUGUGUCCGGAUGGAUACAACACUGCAUAUUUCAACAUCACGUUUUUGGAUUUGGAGCCAGAAAACUGCUUUAAUCCAAACCUCAAUCAAAAUCAGUGUAGAGAUUACAUCAGAGUGACAAGGCUGGGUGGAUUAGGAGGUGUGACGGAAAGCUGCGGAUCUGAGGGGGGGCAAAACGUUGAACAAUUGGACAGUGGAAAUCUGGAAAUUCUGUUUCGAACGAGUGACACGGGGAGACAGUCUGGUUUCCGUGGCAUUGUUGUAUGUCUCGACUCCACGGGAGCUGUUCCUAGUGGUGGCACUGGAAGAAGAAGAAGAAGAAGAGAUCUCGAAGAUUUUGAGAACGAUUGGAAAAAAAGACUGGAGACAUUGAAAAUGAUGAAGGAUAAAAAAAUUGGAAGAUUUCGAAGACAAGGAGCUGAGCUGAGAUUUGAGGACCUAACAAUUCCUUUUGGCGCUACAUUGACGUUUGAGAACAGAGUUUUCACAAUUGAUGGGCAAAAUAUUGUGCGACGAAGCUUCAGUGAUGUCCUCUUUGUGCAUACGUUUGAUGGUGAUGGAGUAAUUGACGAGUUCAGAGAAACUGCUCCCAACUUCAGUGGCCCAGGUUUUCUUGUGGUUGUUGGAGAACAUGUUUACUUCGCAAUGUUCCUGAUUGAUCCCAGGGGCAUGCUUCCAGCCAAUGAAGACGAGAGACGUAUUAUUAAUCAACUGAGCACAUCUUUAUUCGACAACUUCAAUUUAGAAGAUGAUGUGGAACGAUUGUGUGACGAGCUACUAGAUCCACCGCCAAUCAAUUUUGAGGAGCUUCUGUCAGGCAUUGUAUUUCCCACCUCUCCCAUCACUGAGACUGAGCCUCCAGAAUGUCCGUCACCAGGGAACAUCACCCCCGACCUUUGCAACUUUACUGAUGCUGAUCUAUUCCUGGUGCUCAACAGUACAGAAGCUACCAACUUGGUCAUCAGGCAACUAGUCGACGUUAUCAUGGCCUGUACUGACCGAUCUGAACCUGGGAGGAUUGACAAUCUGCGUGCUACAUUGUCUCCUUCUGCAGCACCCACGUCUACUCCUCCCUUUAUGUCUACUCCUCCCCUCACGUCCACUCCUCUCCUCACGUCCACUCCUCCCCUCACGUCCACUCCUCCCCUCACAUCCACUCCUCCGUCAGAGGGCCUGAUGAUAUUUUGCUCAAUCACACCGGUUAAUGUGAGCGUAAUUGGCGUAAACUGUGCGUCUAAUCGGCUUGGAGAGGCUGAUGAAGUGAUUGUAAUAUCUGAAUGUUUUCUGGAUGGACUGGAGUCUAACUUCUGUCGGUACCCCAGGUUCACGAUUCCUCUGGUGGGAGCGGGCAUUAUGCUUGGAAGCCACAGACUGGAUCUGACGUUUUUAGAUGGGUUUGGAUUUGAAAACAAGGCAACGGUAACUUUUAUCGCUCCAUUUGCUGUGACCUGUGACUUGUCGCUACCUCUAGAGGGCGGACAAGCGUCUGUCACCUGCAACUCCAACACCAAUGCUGACAUAUUCUCCACUAGCUGUAUCGUGGAUAGGUUUGAAGAGAAUCAGUUUUGUGGCUACCCUAAUUUCUCAUUUGAUAUGACAGUAUACGAGCGAGGCACCCACACGUUGAAUAUCGGGUUUGGUUCCUCGGGUCAGAUGUUUGCUGAGGUUUUACUGAACUUCACAGUAUAAAGGUAUGAAGGAUAUUUUUGAACGAUGACCCUUUGCAGUCAGUGAGACGAAUUGUAGAAUAAAUUACACAUGUUAACAGUCAUAAUCAUUGUGCCAUCAUUACGUAAUGUUAUGUUAAUGCUUCAUCAUCAUCAUAAUGCAACUAACUUGUUUACUGCUGUGUCUACUUACUUCCAUCUAUGGCUCUAUUAGAAGGAAGCAGUAUUACCCUAUGAAAAUUAAAGUCAAAACUCUGUAUGGCGUAAACGUUUGCAGGGGUGUAAGU